UCGGCCGGCUUGGUUCUGUCAAGCCCACCGGCCUUCCCCUCCGUGCCAAGAUGGCGGCAGAAGCAGCUGGUGGGAAGUACAGAAGCACAGUCAGCAAAAGCAAAGACCCUUCGGGGCUGCUCAUCUCUGUGAUCAGGACUUUGUCUACCAGUGAUGAUGUUGAAGACAGAGAAAAUGAGAAGGGUCGCCUUGAAGAGGCCUAUGAGAAAUGUGACCGUGACCUGGAUGAACUAAUUGUGCAACACUACACAGAAUUGACGACAGCCAUUCGCACAUACCAGAGCAUCACAGAGCGCAUCACCAACUCCCGAAAUAAAAUAAAACAGGUAAAAGAGAAUCUUCUUUCGUGCAAGAUGUUACUGCACUGCAAACGAGAUGAACUUCGGAAACUGUGGAUUGAAGGAAUUGAACACAAGCAUGUCCUGAACCUGCUAGAUGAAAUCGAGAACAUCAAGCAAGUACCUCAAAAGCUGGAACAGUGCAUGGCCAGCAAGCACUAUCUCAGUGCCACUGACAUGCUGGUAUCAGCAGUAGAGUCUUUGGAGGGUCCCCUGCUUCAGGUAGAAGGACUGAGUGACCUCAGGCUGGAGCUUCACAGCAAGAAGAUGAACCUCCAUUUGGUUCUCAUAGACGAACUGCACAGGCACCUGUACAUCAAGUCCACCAGCCGAGUUGUGCAGCGAAACAAGGAAAAAGGGAAAAUGAGCUCCCACGUGAAAGAUGCUUCUCCUGGUCCUCUGAUCGAUGUUACAAACCUCCCUACUCCACGCAAAUUCCUUGAUGCUACUCAAUACUCUACUCCUGGAAGCUCAAGUGUGAAGGAGAUAAACCUGCAGGAUCUCAAGGAGGAUUUGGAAUUGGAUCCAGAGGAGAACAGUACCCUUUUUAUGGGUAUCCUCAUCAAGGGGCUGGCCAAACUGAAGAAGAUACCAGAGACGGUGAAGGCUAUCAAGGAGCGCUUAGAGCAGGAGUUAAAGCAAAUUGUGAAGAGGUCUACCACCCAGGUGGCAGACAGUGGCUAUCAGAGGGGAGAGAACCUCACUGUGGAGAACCAGCCAAGAUUACUUCUAGAGCUGCUGGAGCUGCUGUUUGACAAAUUUAAUGCUGUAGCCGCUGCACACUCUGUGGUCCUGGGAUACCUGCAGGACUCUGUCGGGAAUCCACCAACUCAACAGGAAGAAAUCAAAUUGUAUGAUAUGGCAGAUGUGUGGGUGAAGAUCCAAGAUGUGCUACAGAUGCUGUUGACUGAGUACUUGGAUAUGAAGAAUACUCGCACUGCCUCUGAACCAUCAGCUCAAUUAAGCUAUGCCAGUUCUGGACGAGAGUUUGCAGCCUUUUUUGCCAAGAAGAAACCUCAAAGACCGAAAAAUUCCCUUUUCAAGUUUGAAUCGUCCUCUCAUGCUAUCAGUAUGAGUGCCUAUUUGCGGGAGCAGAGAAGGGAACUCUAUAGUCGGAGUGGAGAACUUCAAGGGGGUCCUGAUGACAACUUAAUUGAAGGUGGAGGAACAAAAUUUGUCUGCAAACCUGGAGCCAGAAACAUUACCGUCAUAUUCCACCCAUUACUAAGAUUUAUUCAGGAGAUUGAGCAUGCCCUGGGGCUUGGCCCAGCCAAACAGUGCCCUCUUCGAGAGUUUCUCACCAUGUACAUCAAAAACAUCUUCCUCAGUCAGGUCUUGGCUGAGAUCAACAAGGAGAUUGAAGGAGUCACUAAAACAUCUGAUCCCUUGAAGAUCCUUGCUAAUGCAGACACCAUGAAGGUGUUGGGGGUGCAGCGGCCUCUCCUACAGAGCACUAUCAUCGUGGAGAAGACGGUGCAAGACCUCAUGAACCUGAUGCAUGACUUGAGUGCAUACUCAGAUCAGUUCCUCAACAUGGUGUGUGUGAAGCUCCAGGAGUACAAGGACACCUGCUCUGCAGCCUACAGGGGCAUUGUCCAGUCAGAAGAAAAACUUGUCAUCAGUGCAUCUUGGGCAAAAGAUGAUGAUAUCAGCAGACUCUUGAAAUCACUACCAAACUGGAUCAAUAUGGCUCAGCCCAAACAGCUGAGGCCAAAGAGAGAAGAGGAAGAAGAUUUCAUAAGGGCCGCCUUUGGCAAGGAGUCCGAAGUUCUCAUUGGGAACCUGGGUGAUAAGUUAAUCCCUCCACAAGACAUUCUGCGUGACGUCAGUGACCUCAAAGCCUUGGCAAACAUGCAUGAAAGCCUGGAAUGGUUGGCAGGCCGAACAAAGUCAGCUUUCUCCAAUCUGUCUACAUCCCAGAUGCUUUCUCCUGCUCAAGAGAGUCACGUGAACAUGGACCUUCCCCCAGUGUCCGAGCAGAUCAUGCAGACUCUAAGUGAACUCGCCAAGUCCUUCCAGGAUAUGGCUGACCGCUGCUUGCUAGUCUUGCAUCUGGAAGUGAGAGUUCACUGUUUCCACUAUCUCAUCCCUCUGGCAAAGGAGGGGAACUACGCCAUUGUCGCCAACGUGGAGAGUAUGGAUUAUGACCCUCUGGUGGUCAAGCUCAACAAAGACAUCAGUGCCAUCGAAGAGGCCAUGAGCGCCAGCCUUCAGCAGCACAAGUUCCAGUAUAUCUUUGAAGGCCUGGGACACCUCAUUUCCUGCAUCCUCAUUAAUGGAGCCCAGUACUUCAGGCGUAUCAGUGAGUCUGGCAUCAAGAAAAUGUGCAGGAACAUUUUUGUUCUUCAGCAGAAUCUGACCAAUAUCACCAUGUCCCGGGAGGCAGACCUGGAUUUUGCAAGGCAGUACUACGAGAUGCUCUACAACACGGCCGACGAGCUCCUGAACCUGGUGGUGGACCAGGGCGUCAAGUACACGGAGCUCGAGUACAUCCACGCCCUCACCCUGCUGCACCGCAGUCAGACCGGCGUCGGGGACCAGAGCACCCAGAACACACGGCUGCAGCGGCUCAAGGAGAUCAUCUGCGAGCAGGCGGCCAUCAAGCAGGCCACCAAGGACAAGAAAAUAACCACGGUGUAGGGCGCCGGCCUGGGGCCCUUCCCCCCUCCGCCAGACCCGCGCCCCCUUCAGCUUAGUUUGUCCUCACUGAUAGCUAGCAGAAGCCGGGCUGAGGGCUUUUUCUUGAGUUUUGGUUUUCCAUGGGAACUCUAAAGGAAGUUUGCAGUACCGAUGUCGCCAGGUAACAGCGAUUUUAACGCAUUCUGUUCUGCAGGGGCUGGGGUGGGACAGGGGGAGGGCACAUCAAGCUGUUACAAGCUGAAAAACAAAAGAAUGAAUUUGUGACACUCAGUGAUGUUUGAUUACCAGCAUGUAAACUUCCACCUUGGGAAGUAGACUGCCACCUAAGUUUUAGUCCCUUUCUACAACCACUUAAUGGGGUUCUCCUACAUGAACAAAAAGAUUUUUAUCCCCUUUAGAGCCUGAUGAAAUAAGUGUAUGCUCAUUGCUUUCUGACUCUGUUGCCAAAAUUAAAUAAGUGGCUUCUCAGCUGGCUGUGACUUCCAACAAAUUUCCCUCACCAAAACAGGAACUCUCCAGGGUUAGAAACGAAUGCCCUUUAUCCACAUGGCUGAGCAAACUUGUAUGCUGUAGCUUGUACACAGGGUAUUGGUUGGUUUGUUGCCUUUUUCUUUUAUUUUAUAAAAAAAAAAAAAAAACAACAUAAAA